AUGGCGAGUCAGACACAGGGAAUCCAACAACUGUUGGCGGCUGAAAAGCGCGCUGCUGAAAAGGUUUCAGAGGCCAGGAAGCGGAAAGCAAAACGCCUAAAGCAGGCUAAGGAGGAGGCCCAAGAUGAGGUGGAAAAGUACAGACAGGAGCGUGAGAGGCAGUUCAAAGAGUUCGAGGCCAAGCACAUGGGCACCCGGGAAGGUGUUGCCGCCAAGAUCGAAGCUGAGACCAAGAUCAAGAUCGAAGAGAUGAACAAAAUGGUGAAGGCACAGCAAGAGGCCGUGAUCAAGGAUAUCCUCAACCUGGUGUACGACAUCAAGCCAGAACUGCACACCAACUACCGCAUCCUCUAA